AUGGGUAACUUGCCGGAUCAAGUUUCCGUUGCGGACGACGCAGCUACGAUAUACUCGGCGGCUCAAGAUCUCGACGGGCGGCAAUUAAAUCUGUACAAGUCUGAACUUGCCGAUUGCUUGUGCAAUCAUGUGAGAUCGCUGGGCUUAGAGGUCGAGGCGAAGGAGAACAUUGUUGAUGUCCUACCCGACUUACUCAAGAACUUCGCCCUUAGAUUGGGCCAGCAUGCCUCGUCUCGAUCGGGAAACGAAGUCAUGUGCUUUAUUCAUAAGUACAGGGGUGAGAUCACACGGCGCUUUCGAGAAGCACUCUUCAAAACACCCGAGGGAGAUGUCUCCUUGCCGCCCCGGAAGCCCAUCGCCAAGGACGAUCUAGAACAUAGUGUUCAAUCGUGGCUCAGCGACGUAAUGAACACGCCCAAGAGGACUGCUGGAAAAGAAUUAGUCAACAGUGAUCUCGAUGGCCCAGGAACGCCGGCGGACCUGAGCUGGGAGGACCUGCUUCAUGACGGGGAACCGUUGACCGUACCCGACGAACAGAGCUAUCGCGAGAUUACCUUCCAGUCCCCGGCAUUCAAAUGGCUGCUCGCAUCCUUGGGGAAGACCUCCAAUCUCCGUCCAAACGCCCCAGACGAUGCCAUUACCAGAAUGCGAGACAAAAUCAUGGACGCUUUCCCCGAAGCCCACUCCGUCAGCAGUCAACGCCCCUCGACUGUGUACGCCAUGAAGUUCAACUGUCUCUGGGAUAUCCACCGUUUCCUCGACCAUGAGUACCCGGAACUCCAGGGCGGACGAGCGAGGCUCGGUGAGGUCAUUACUAUAACGGGGUCUCCUGUCGAUGCGCAGGCCCUUUCUUGCGCUGGCUAUUUGGAGCAGACCUGGCCAUUUACGGGCUUGGAUGUGCUUUCGUUGUUGCAGAAUGCCGUUGACAGGGACGGUUGUUUGGUGAUUGACCUCCCAGAUCGAACAGAAUUAACAGCCAGGGCUCGGAAAGACAACAGAAGCCUCUUCGUAUACGUGAAAGGCACCGUCGAUGUCAUCGCAGAAAUAGGAGAGCAGAUAGCCUGGAUCACCACAGCCCUCAGCUCCGGACCGAUGAGCGACGCGUCGGAAGCAUUAACAUACUGCUACCCUACCAUCACGAAGAUUACUGGAUAUGGGGAUUCCAAGGUUGCGUAUCUGGACUAUUCUACCCUACACAAACAGGACUUACACGGUGACCUAAACGGCACCUGUUGGCGAAGCAUGUUUAGAAAUCCUGUCGUCGUGACGGGCUACCCCAUACGACGAAGACCAAAUGAUGGGACCGGACUUGAAAUCCCCCUCAACAUGAUGGCUGGACUGGUUCAGAGCGACCGUCUCAACUACUUUCUCGGGAAAUCUUAUAUCAAAGGCUUCUCGUCCAUGCUCGUCGCCGUCUAUCAUGUUGGCGGCACCUACAUCUGGCAUCAUCACAGCAAUUCUCAUGGGAAUAGGGUGUCUUACCUUGAUGCUGGCGCUACAGCCAUUGGCUGUGCUUCGCCGCAUGAGCUGGCGACGGCACGGCAUAUCGUCGGUUGGUGUACAAAGGCCGAUAGCCAGGCCGGUUCGCCUCUUCUAAAUUAUAAUAUAAGAGGCUCAGGGUUGCCGCACGCAGGGCACGACUUUGCCCUCGAGAAAAUGUCCCUGUCAUGCGGUCAGAUCAUCACCGGAGGGUGUACGUUUGGAAUUGGCAGAAAGGACGUUCCCAUCCAUAUCUCCAAAGUCGGCUAUAUCGAUAGACUGCGAUGGAUCUCACAAAAACAUGUUGUCUUUUGGGACGUGGACGACAAGCGCGGUUGGAUGGUCAACGGAAGCAAUGCGCUGCUCCAUCUCCUACGCGGCUCGCUCGAGCACUCCCGCACUGACAGGUUCUGCUCCCAGUUCCUCUUCGACUUCUCGAAGCUCAAGCAAGGCUCGGCCAUUGACGUCCUUGUUCACCAGGGGCACCGCCGUCUACCGGUCUACCCGGCCAAGGAAGAGACCUACACCGAGACCUCAACCUCGUCUUUGGGCACAAUCGAGACUGUGACCAAAACUAAAACCACAGUUACCACGUUGGGAGACAGGGUAGAUGAACUUUACGAGUACCUGGAAAAGAUGGUCGAUCACAAAUCCCAGGUCGAGAACCCGAAAGGCUACAACGCAAAGGUCCGCCUUCGCCGACAUCUGGAAGGCUGGGAUUUCAGGGACUUGGCGGCUAGUCGCGACCCUUUUCACCUUCGGGUGGCCACGCUUCCAACAAGCGCCUUUAGUUGGGUGGAGCUGACGAGGGUAGCACAAACAAUAACAAUCUUCGGAAAGCGAUUCGGGGAGCUGGUGACCCUAUCGAUCGGGUCUACAAAAGUUGCGUGCCCGAGCUGGCGUUCCGUCCCUACGGGGAAGCACUACCUAUGUGUUAGUCUGGCCGACAUACAAAGCAUCGUCGAUGACGCUGGUGGGGAUAUAGAAGGAAGCCCGGCCCUCAUCGGCCCGAAACUUGCCUGGGUGAAUACCUCCAGGACUUGCCCCUUCGCGGCAUGCGUGUGCGAAAGGCGCCAUGGAGCCAACAUAUUAUCACCAUUGGCAACUCACGUCGAUCCCGUCCAGCAGCUCAUCCCCACAAGUUUGCCCCGCCGUUUGCGGCAAGCGAUGUCGAAAGGCCCUCUGGAUUUGCGGAACUGCGGCGAGGGCGCCGUUAUAUUCGGCCAAGCCUUUGGAUUCUCGUGGAAAUGGCCAGAAAUCGGCGAGGCCAAGACCGAGCCCGAGCCCGAGACCAGUGGCGGGAGCUUAAUACCUUCCUUGAGACAUCCAAUCGAAAGCUCCUCCGAGAUACCGCUGACGGACACCAAUACCUCAGGAACCGCCAACAGCGACAGCUCCUCGAGAUCACGAACGGGUGGCAGUGGCUCCUCCAAUCCUUUGACGCUAGUCACACCGGCGUCCUCUCGGUCCGAGUCAACGCAGAUACAGCCUCCACACUCGAACGCACCAUAUCCGGCACCAGUGCCGUCGGGCAAGCCGUUAGUCAGUAAACCUCGGGCUGAGCCGACAUUGCCCGGUAUAAUUAUAGGAGCGAAAAGGUUAUUCACGCAAACAGAUGAGGUAGGAGUUGGCGAAGAGCCUAAGAGGAAGAGUCGUAUGCGGCAUCUAGCCUUCCGAAGGUCUUAA